UUAUAAAAUUCUGUUGCCUGAUACACAUCCAUUAAUUGGAUUACAAUUAUAUUCUAUUGGUAAAAUUAGUUUACAAAUUAUUGACAUCAAAGAUGAAGAAAAAAACAAUGAUGUGGAUACUGAUUUUGAUAAGAAAAAAAAUGAUGACGAUGAUGUUAGUGAAUUAGAAAAAAAAUCAAAUACGAAAAUUUUGUUUAGAUAA